AGCUAUAACCUCACAUUUUUAACGGUAUAGCGGUAAUCAAAACAAUAUUCAAAAGAAAAACUUCGCUUUUUGCUAAAAUUUGCCCAAUUUUCCUUAUAAUUAAAAACGCUAAAAUUACAUUACAUAGAUUAUGGAACUGGAUAGCAAUCUUAUCGGUAUCCAGGGUGUCCUAAAUAACUGUCUCAAGAAAACUGGUGAUUUUUCAAAGAUAACACAUAACAAAAGUGGUAGCGCAAACCAUCAAUGCAUCAACCAUAUAGCAAUGGAAGUUUCAAACUGGUUAGUCUCAAAAGACCUUAUAAGAACCAGUCAGGAGACACAAGGCGAACUAAAUGAAACCAACCUUAACAAAAUAGUUUUCUUUUUAGCACUAAACACAGAAUUUGAACGACCGUUAAAAGACUUGGAUGAUUACUCUCACUUGUUAAACAUUAUUCCCAGGUUGUCAAAAUGUCUUUUAUGUAAUUUAUGUUUUAACCUAGAUCUGAUUGGGCCAUUUAUAUACAUUAUUGAAAAUAUAAAAGCCCUCGAAAAUGUAAAAGAGUUAUUAGAUGAGACUGUUCAUAGUUUGGUUAAAAUGGAGCUGGAAAAGCAGUUAAACAUAGGUUUUGCGGUAGCCUGUGUAACUGUUAGAAAGCUAAUGGCUUUGGAAAUGUCUUAUAAGAAUGAACAGGAAAUAGAAGACAUUAUUAAGUUAUUAAAAAUAAUACUUCAAAACGUCUUAAGCCAGUGUGAAGAUGACCUUCAGAACAAAAGAAAAAAUGCAAAAAUAUAUAGAAAUGUGGGAUUUACAAUGAUGAAUUUUUUAGACUUAUUGUUAGUUCUUUACCCAAAUAAUGCAGUUUUUAAAGGUUUUACUACUUCUGUGAUAGAUUUAUCGUGUAGCAUUAUAAAGUUUAUAACUUUGGAUAUAUUUAUAUCUUGGGCAGAGAUUGAUUUUGAAGAUGAAAUGCUGCAAAUGAUAAUAGCUGAGAAAGCUUAUAAUGUUGUCAACAAAUACAAAGAUAAUGAAAAAGCAAACACAAUGAUUACAAUGUUAGGGAGCUUCGCAAGGAAACCUCGGACUAUAGCAGAGAGGAUUAUGGAUGCAGAUAAUAAAACUAAGAUAGCAAUGGUAGAUAGGCAUAAUGAACAUCAAAAGUUGUGGUUUAGAUCUUUAGUAGAUGGAAAUAUUUUUGAUGACCCUGAUGUUCUUAGCUGCAUUGAAAGAUGGUGGCAACUUUGUGAUAAAACUGUAGUUCAAAAAAUGAUCCUUAUUUCCACCCCAAAAGAACGAAAUCAUAAAGAUCUUAUAAUUAAAUGCACUAAAAAUCUUACAGUGAGUGAGCUUAUGAAAUAUAUACUAAUAUACAUUCACAAAAGUGACCAACAUUGGUGCGAGAAUAUAUCAGAUCAGCUUACGAUAUUUUUCAACAAAAUACAUGGCACUGUUAAUGAAGAAGAUAAUAGAAACUUGCUGCUCCUAAUUUUGCAAAAUCCAAAAGCGUUUUUUAAGCAUUUUUUUCUUCAAUCUUUCAAAAACAGUACCAAAGGAGACUAUAUUUUUCAAAUGCUGAAAAGUAUUUCUACUUUAGAAACGGCAGUAGCUCCACUGAAAGAAACCUUGAGUGAAAAUAAAAUUUUUAGUGGAAGUUUGAAGAACUACUUGCAACUGUUUGAAACAAUGAUAAACACAGAGUAUCAUGAUUGGCAAUUUUUGGCUUUUCAAAUUUUGCUACCUUAUAUGGAGAAGUUUAGAAGAGAAGGUCGUUUGGAGGAAGUAAAAUAUUGUGUGCAGAUUUUGGUGCAUUUUAAACAUCUCAGUUGCAAAGAACUUCCUAAGGAGAUAGAGUUAUACGAGCUUGUACUUAAUUAUGCAGUAGAACAUAGAACAAUUUUCUUAGAAUUUGAUUGCCUGAAAUAUGAAAUAACCGAAUUAUGUUCCCAGUACAUGAUAAAUAAAUGUCAGAACUAUUUCCAGAAAAUCGUUGGCAUAAAGGAAAGUUUUCCAGAAAUGGGUUCAAACCUGCAAGAUGCAUGGUCAAAAUACUAUAUCACACUUGUUUCUGAUGAUGAAACAAAAUUAUUAGACGAAGUGCUGCCGGACUUUGAUUUGUCAGCUUAUAAGCAGGGUGAGGUUAAUGAACACUUUACAAAUUUAAUGAAGAUUUUGCACCGAGGUGUUUCCUCGGAAUGGAGAGUCCUAUUAGCAGAAAUCGUAGUUAAUUGUGGACAAUCCAACACCAUAAGCCUCAUUACAGAUAUAAUAGUCCUAUUAUGCGAAUUUGCUGAUAACCAAACUCAAAAUAAUCCAGAAAACCGUGAAAAACUUCUGCUGGCUUUAAAGUUUUGUUUGCAAAACUAUGGAGAGUUCAUUUUUUCGGGUCCAGAAUCAAGUUCAGAUAAACUGCUUGCAAUAAAUAGCCUUUGUAGGGUAUUAAAGCACGUGCCCGAUCCUUUAAAAGUUACGGAGGGCAUGUCGUUAAUAAACGCCAUUCCUCCAGAAGUUUUAAGAUCGCUGGCUAAUGAUAAAGAAUUUGUUGCGAGGAUAAUUUUGAUUGGUGAUAAACAGCUGUGUAAAGCUUUGGCUCAGAAAGUGCUCAGUAGUUCAUAAGAAAAUUAAAUUUAGGUAUACUAUAGUCUUUUUUUUUUUUAGAUGUAAUUUAUUUAUUUAUGUAUAAAAUUUUUUAUACAUUAUUUAUCAUUGCUCUACUCAUUCGGCCUAUUGAAAAAUAUAAUUUAUAAUAAUAAAUAA